UGAAAAUUGUCUCUCGUGUUCCUAUGUUGUUUGCUUUUUUGACCGUACUUAGCAAUUAAUUCUCAUCAUUUCAACAUGCAAAAGUUCUUAACCGCCACGGCUCUAUUUGCCGGCAGCACUCUUGCCGCUAAUGCUACCACUCCUUCUGCCUCUGGCUGCGUCGAUUCUUCGGCAAUGACCACCUGCUUAAAUAAAGCUGAAGCAGACUUGACGGCUUGCAUUGCCGCGGCUGGAAAUGACGACUUAGUCAUUGCAUGUGGUUGGCAGGAUGAUAUCAACAAGAUGUUAUGCUAUCAAGGAUCAUGCUGGAACAAGGCAUACUCUUGCGAAUAUCAAUACCUUGUAUCGUCAUAUAAAAUACAACGCACCGUCGACGAGAAAAUCCCAUUUUAUCCAGCACCAGACAAAGCGCCUGGAGGCUGCUCUUGCAACCUGGGCGAAGUUGUGACCAAUGCAACUCUCAGCCUCGCUAAAGUCUCGAACACCUGCAAUCAAUAUACCACUAGCAUCGGAACCAACGAUCUUACGACAUGUCAAUGCUGUGCCUGGAGUGCUGCUGUCUCAGCGUUCUACGGAAUUUGCCCCGACACAUCCAGUGCAGGACUUGGUCUAACCAAUUUAUCCGCUCAAGCAGCUGCGUAUGAGGGUACCAUUGGCUCUUGCAGCGGCCUGACUUCUAGCAAUUGCCUGCGGUACGGAAUUGGUUCUGCGGAUAAUGGCAAAUACCUUGACCCAGCAAACCUACCAGCAGGAGGAUCGCAACCGCUAUCUACGACCUCAGGACCGUCAUCUUUGACGACACCACCGGCAGGGGCAACCAUAACUUGGACCGCUUUGAGCCAGACUUUCACAGUCACGGCGGCUGCUUAUAAUAGUGCCGAUGUCUCGGCGGGCAGUACAGCUACUUCUACUGGUGCUGGCAGUAGCAGUGGCGGUGGCAGUGGCGGUAGUACGGUAACAACAGGAACGGCUACUGUAUCUGCUGGUGCAGUUGUCACUGGUAAAACUGGAACGGCUGCAGCGCUUCAAACAAGCCAGGCUUUCUGGGUUAUGGCUAUGAUAGCGCUGGGAGUUAUCUAUAUGUAGAGAGUCUCAAGACCUGCAUAUUUACUUAACAAAACCAAUAUUCUAUUAGAUAUGUUUAAAGAACAAGACGUGCAUACGCGGACGUGAUAGGCUCCACAUUAAUUGACAAUUUGAGCGUGAUCUUGUGAAAGAUUUUGACCA